GUUGUUCUUUGCACCCAGUUAUGUCGAGUUUGUGCCCAAGCUAAAAACCACUUUAUUGGUUGAGUUAUUUAAAGGACAGUUCACCGGUGAAUACCAGCGUCAGGAAGUGCUUUCAGGAAGUAGUUUGCUGCCGUGUUUGAGUGACAGCUGUGCGGCGGUGACAGCCCACACCGGGACGGCGGCCCCACAGAGCCGAGCCGAGACUCAAGAUGGCAGGUCUAUCUUUAUACUUUGAAGAUGGCCAUGAUGAUUUGGAUGACUUUGGAUUUGAUGACUAUGGUUCAGAGUGUGACGGCAUCCGCAUCACAGCCUUCCUCGAUGCAGGACAAGACAACCUUACUCCUCUUGGGAGGCUAGAGAAAUAUGCCUUCAGUGAGAAUGUUUUCAACAGGCAGAUCGUGGCUCGUGGCCUGCUUGAUGUGCUUCGAGAAUUCAGUGACAAUGAAAAUGACUUUAUCAGUGUCAUGGAGACAGUUGCCAGAAUGUCAGAAGAUGGAGAGCCCACAGUGCGAGCUGAACUGAUGGAGCAAGUCCCCAACAUUGCCAUGUUUUUACACGAGAGUCGGCCUAACUUCCCAGCUGCUUUCUCAAGAUACUUGGUACCAAUUGUAGUCCGGUAUCUUACUGAUCCAAAUAACCAGGUGCGGAAGACGAGCCAGGCAGCACUGCUCGUUCUGUUGGAGCAGGGGCUUAUCUCUAAAGCUGACAUGGAGACCAAAGUUUGUCCAGUUCUGCUGGACCUCACAGAACCCAGAUGUGACGAUGACUACAAAAUAGAGGCUGUUGCUAUCAUGUGUAAAGUUGUCACCAUGUUGAGCAAAGAUACGGUGGAGGAUCUACUUCUGCCACGUUUCUGUGAACUGUGCAGUGAUGCCAGACUCUUCCAAGUCCGCAAGGUCUGUGCAGCAAAUUUUGGAGAGUUUUGUUCUAUUGUGGGUCAAGAGGCCACAGAAAAACUACUGAUGCCCAAGUUCUUCGAUCUGUGCUCAGACAGUCUGUGGGGCAUCAGAAAAGCCUGUGCUGAGUGUUUCAUGAUGGUCUCCAAUUCCACCUCUCCAGAGGUGCGACGCGCAAAACUGUCCCCCCUGUUCAUCAGCCUUAUAAGUGACCAGUCUCGCUGGGUGCGUCAGGCUGCCUUUCAGUCUCUGGGACGGUUCAUCUCCACCUUUGCCAAUCCUUCAAGCACAGGCCUUCACUUCAGAGAGGACGGCGCCUUACUAGAGGUCCCCAGGUGUACAUCAGAAGGUGACUGCUCUCUAAACUCACUGAACUGCUCCGACAUCGGCAGUUGCCACACAGAAAGAACCAUUGCUCACACACCUCCCAACCAGGACGGCCGUGCCACACCGUCCCCAGAGCAUGUGUCAACAACGGACAACGAGGACCUGCACAACUUCGAUGACAACCACACUUCUGUUCUUGGGGAUUUGCACGACGGUUUCACCCAUACUGUCUCAAUCAGCAGUGUCAGCCCUACAACCACAAACAACGCUAAAAACACAAAGGAGAUGGAGCAGACGGAUGAGAACUUUAAUUCUUUCCACUACUGGAGGUCUCCUUUACCAGACAUCAGUGGGGAACUGGAGAUGCUAAGUUGUCAAACAUCAGAGGAAGUGACAGAGAAAGAAGAAAAUAAUGAAAAGGAGGAGGAGCAGGAGGAGGAGGACAAAGAACCUGAAGAUAAUUGUCCUGAUUCCAAGUCCAGUCAUGGCAAAGCUACCAGUGACCAGAUCCAAAAGGUUUUGGACUGUUUGCAGCCACACAUGGAUGACCCUGAUGUACAAGCUCAAGUCCAGGUGUUAUCAGCCGCUCUGAAGGCAGCCCAGCUCGACAGCCCGUCAGAUAACAGCCCAACAGACAACAGCCCGACUGAUCCCAUGUCAGAGGUGCAGCCUGAGAGCAGUGCUGAGAGCCCUUCUGUGGAGAGCAAAUCUGUGGAGGUUCAGUCAGAGAGCGAGGAGAGCCCCGCAGAGGAGGAGCAAAUGCCGGAAACUCCUCCAGCUUCUGAGUCCAGCCCCGUCCAGGAGCAAGGAGAUGAAGAGACGCAGACGGAGCCCCUGGAAGAUCAGGAAGAGUCUCCUCCUGACUCCCCUGCUCUAGAGUCUGAACUGAUUGAGAGUGUAGAAGAGGAGGGAAAGGAAGACUCAGCUCACAGUCCUGUGUAUGAGGAUAAGCCUAAGAUCCAGAAUGUCAUCCCCCAGCAGCUGUUGGAUCAGUACCUCUCUAUGACUGACCCAGCUCGGGCCCAGACGGUGGAUACUGAGAUAGCCAAACACUGUGCCUUCAGCCUGCCGGGAGUUGCUCUUACUCUGGGGCGACAGAACUGGCACUGCCUCAAGGACACAUAUGAAACCCUAGCUACUGAUGUGCAGUGGAAGGUGCGGCGCACACUGGCUUUCUCCAUCCACGAGCUGGCAGUCAUCCUGGGAGACCAGCUGACGGCGGCCGAUCUGGUCCCCAUCUUCAAUGGCUUCCUCAAAGACCUGGAUGAGGUCCGCAUUGGCGUGCUCAAACACCUUUAUGACUUCCUCAAGCUGCUGCACGCAGACAAGAGGAGAGAAUAUCUGUACCAGCUGCAGGAAUUCAUGGUGACGGACAACAGUCGCAACUGGAGAUUCAGAUACGAGCUGGCAGAGCAGCUGAUCUUGAUCAUAGAGUUGUACAGCCACUACGAUGUGUAUGACUACCUCAGACAGAUAGCACUCACACUGUGCUCAGACAAAGUCUCAGAGGUCAGGUGGAUCUCAUACAAACUGGUUGUAGAGAUUCUCCAAAAGCUGUAUGCAUGUGGUGCUGAUGAUCUAGGCCUGAACUUUAUCAACGAGCUCACCGUCAGGUUCUGCCACUGUCCUAAGUGGGUGGGGAGGCAGGCCUUUGCCUUCAUCUGCCAGGCCAUAGUGGAGGAGGACUGUAUGCCCAUGGAGCAGUUCAGCCAGCAUCUCCUGCCCAGCCUGCUCAGCCUGUCCUCAGACCCAGUGGCUAAUGUCCGUGUGCUGGUGGCCAAGGCUCUGCGACAGAGUGUCAUGGAAAAAGCGUACUUCAAGGAGCCAGGUUGCGCCUACUCUGACGAGCUGGAGGAGACUGUCAUGGCUUUGCAGUCCGACAAGGACCGGGACGUCCGCUUCUUUGCCAGCCUGGACCCCAACAAAGCCCUGAUGGACACGGCUCCUUUGAUCUAGCCUCAGCGCCCACCUCCAGUUAACAGCUCACCUGCCUGUCUACCUACCUGUCUGUCUGACUGACGUGCAGUCAGUAUAACCUGCAACACCAGCACCCAACCAGACCCCCCCCCCAACCACUCGCCUGCUGGGCAGACCUGCACCAACGACCACUUGAGAAUCAUGUCAGAUGUUCAGAUUUCAGUAUAAAAGUAUGAGCAUGCUCAAACAAACCCAGUCUCUGGUUGGGCACUACAUAGCGCACAUUACAUCACAACAACAAAAAAAUGCAUACUUUUCAGAGUUUUCAGGAAAUGAGCAGGACUCAGAGGCUGGUGGCACUACUUUGUGGAAGCUGCCAUAUUUUUCGCCUGAACUUUUUGUCACGCUCCACACUAACAACAUUGACUCAGUCUUUCCCCAGUCAUGGACUUGUAAAACUACAACGGGCUUUCUUUCUCCAAAGCUAACUGUAAGCUUGAUAUGAAUUUGAUGAAUUGAUUUUUUUUUUUUUUUUUUUUUUAUUCCUUAUUGCUUCUUUUUGAGGAUUUCUUAACGAACAAGCGGGCGAGGCCUGCCUGACUCUGAUGUGUGCACUAACUCAGGGGGACUCAUCUGAACCUAAACAGCAUUAUCAGCUUACAAUGAUAAGCAGCAGCUCCUGGAUCCCUGGUGAAAAAAAGAAAAAAAAAAAAAAACUACAGCUGUCUGAGCAACGGACCAGCCAAACCCACGUAGCUCUGCUGGUGUCUCUCGCCUCAUUUCCUCCCAAAUGCCUCUUGUCUCAGACGUCCUCUGUCUUCUGAGAUGUCCUCUGGGUUGUUGUCUGUUUCCCCUUCUACCUUCUCUACUUCACUCUUUCUCUUUGCAUUUCUCCACCUGGGCUUCAUGGGCCACUGAAACCACUACUACUGCACAGAAGAAGCUGAUUCUGCCACUCAGCAUAACUCUUGAUUAAAACCAUAUCUUUGACAUUUCUAAAAACACCUUAAUGAACUGUUAAUUGCCCUCCUCCCCUUCUACAAAAAUCUGUGUCUGUUUACCAAAAAUGUGACACAACGCGUUUCCCAAAACGGCAGGAGACAAAUAAAUGAAAUACCUCUGUGUGGACAUGACUGGCCAGUGUGUCAUACAUGUAGAGGGACAUCUGCGGUUCAAACAGGCUCUGAAUGUUGUUGAUUGGUGAUUCUAUUUCUUGAGUGAUUCUGUGGUGUUGACUGAAACAUCUUAACAAGGGCUCACGAUGAUGUACCACAGGGUGACGUAAAACUUAGAGAGAGGAGGAAGAAAGCUAGCACACUGUUGGAUUAUGCAUGAACCCACCCCACCCACCCUCCCUUUGUGUAUAGUCUAUUCCAGUUCCUUAAGGUUGACCUCCUGACGUGAAUUAUGUGACCAUGGUAGCUUUCAGUGGAUCUGACCGACCAGUUGUACAGUAGUAUAUAGGAAUGGCUGUGUUAGGAGACUGAAAGACAGCUGACCAUUAUUUCCCUGUCUUGGUGGAAUGAUUUAAGUAUGAGGUGUCUCAAAAAUGUUGCUACUCAUCUUUGUACAGCUUAAACCUGUGGAAAGGUAUGUGUUAAUGAAACCAAGGCCAGUUUAGUCGGGUUAUGACCCAUUGAGAUGUGUGAAUAUUGGGAGCAGUCACCAAGUCACUUUUUGUAGUCUCUUGAGCUUGUUUGUUCUCCUCUGUUGUAAAUGGUAACCCCACCUCCCACCUCUUUUUUUUUUUUUUUGAACAUAGACAUAACUUGAGAACUUAAGCUGAUUGUGGUGUGUGCUGUGCAUCUCAAAAGUCUUUCUUCCUUCGAAAGGAGAGAUCACUGCGUUAAUGGCGGUGUCUGCUCAUCUCAUCUGUCUGCAAUUUGUGUCCAUCUCAUUUUUUAUGUAGUAGAACAGUUAAUAUAUACAUUUUAUGAAAAUUAUUUUUCUUUUCAAUUAUGCACCACUGUUCAAAGAUUUUAUAUCCUAACUUUACAAAAUUUACAACCUUUGUAAUAUUCAAUGGUUUCUUUUAAAAAGACAUUUUAUGUAAUGUUAUUUUUAGUAUUCUGUAAUUAAAAUGAUGAAAAUUA